CGAACCUUCCCGCCAAAUAAUUUAAAAACAAGAAACAUGGAGGAUGAAAAAUGCAGUGUUUGAUUGUUAGAGGUUUUCAACGAAUGUGUUAUAGAGUUACCUGAAUUUAUAAGCUUUACUCCAAUAUGUUCAUAGAAAACCUUAAGGAAGAAAUGUACGAUGUCAUUAGUAAAGAGAGAUUGCUUGUGCUGGUUUCAAUGAACGUUGACGCUUUGUGUGCAUGUAAAAUACUACAGUGGCUGUUGAAAUGCGACAACGUGGAAUAUACUUUACUAUCUAUAAGAGGAAAAGAUGACCUUGUAAAAGCGUACCAACAUCAUUCAGAACAGGUGAAGCAUGUAGUUCUUAUCAACUGUGGUGGAAGCCUGAACAUUAUAGAACUGUUACAACCUCUGGAUGAUGUCAUGUUUUACAUUGCAGAUAGUCAUAGACCCUUGGAUCUUGAUAACAUUUACAAUCAAGAUCAGAUCAAAAUUCUGAUGAAAGAAGGAGAGAUUUUAGAAGUACCAGAAUUUGAUGACAUAUAUGCAGCAUCAGAUGAUGAAGAAGAUGAAGACUCUGAUGAAGACAAUGGCACACCAUUAAAGCGCAGGCGAACAGAUGAUUCGGAAUCACCACAUAAAUCUUCAAAGGAGAAACGCCUUUGGCAUAAGAAGAGACAAACCAUUCUGUAUCAGUAUUAUGAGAAUGCAUUUCAUGGAACAUCGUCAGCCAUCGUUUUAUAUGAGCUCUGCUGGAAAUUGAAUAAAGAUUCAAAUUUGGCUCUUUGGUGGGCUUCCGUUGGUUUGACGGAUCAAUUAAUCAAUGAAAGAGUAUCAGAUGAGAAGUACAACGCAGACUCCAGGUCACUUCAUCAGCAUGUAUUGAGACUUAACCAAGAUAAUAUUGAAGAAAAUGGCGUGUCAUCAAACUUAAUGAAACUAACAUUUGAACAUGAUCUUCGCCUCACUUUGUAUCGACAUUGGUCUUUAUUUCAAAGUUUCUCCCAUUCAAUGUACACAGCUUGUAGGUUCCGAAUUUGGACUUUGAAAGGAAAGCGAAGGCUGCGUGAGUUCUUAGCGGAGAUUGGUUUACCACUUCAUCAAUGCCAACAGAAGUUUUCUGCGAUGGAUGUUACUCUCAAAAACACGCUAAAGGACUCCGUUUUAGAAGUUGCUGAAAAAUACGGGUUGGAUGAGAUUUUGUUUGGGUCUUUCAACGUUCAACUUGGUUUUAAAAUCAAGCUUACUGCCAGUGAUGUUGUGUUUGCUGUGGCUGCUUUGAUUGAAAAUUCCACAGAAGAAGGAAAAGCAUAUUCCGAAAACUUUUUUGAAGGUCUUGAUGCUCUUUCUCGGUGCAACUUGGGUGGCGAAUCAUUGGAGAAAGGGUUAGAUCUUUCUAAGAAACAUCUUGUUGCCAUCUGGAAUCAGGUUCAUUCCUUUUUGAGCACACAUCAAAUUGUCUGCGCUGGUCCCUUUUUGUAUGCCCAUGUUAGAGAGGGAGCACCCGAUUUUCAAGUAUUUUCGACGCCAAUGAACGCUACAAGACUGGCAAAGUUUGUUCAAAACUGUUACGUCAUUAUGUCGAAAAACAAGCGAGCUGCAAUGCUGCCACUUAUUCUUACAGCACCAUUGAAUUUGGACACAGGAACAUGUUUGGUAGUUGGAAUCCCCCCUGUAGCAGAUGAUACAAGAAAAAAUUUCCUAGGACGUGCAUUUGAACUAGCUGCUGAAAAGACGAAAUGUAGAUCUUUCCACGAUAAUUGUGAACCUGCAGUGGUCGAAAUAAAAUCCAAGGAUCGAGGUAAAUUCUUUGACGCUCUUUCAUCUCUUCUGGCAUAAAGUUAUUUCUUCGAAUUUAGGACUGUUUGAUUGUAUGUAUUUCUUAUUUCAAAUAUUUUAAUAGUUAAAUUAUUAUCAUGUGCUUUACUCAACAACGAUUUCAACAUUUAUCAUGUAAAAUAUACACAUUUUCGAUCCGA